UUCAAAUUUCAAAACAAACGCGUCGCGUUAAUCAGCAGUGAAGAUGGACGCGGUGGAUUGAACGCAAGGCUGCCUCAUUCACGACUAAUACAUGUAGAGGUUAAAAUCUCUCUGGUGGAGUGUGUUUGAUUUUCAUCUUAAUAAUCACCAUUCAUCUUUGAUUUAUGCGUCAGUGAAUGCGGCUCAUCUAGCUAUAUUUUGUGUCACUAAUUAGUAAUCCGACUUGCUUAUCUAGUUGUUAAUCGAGGAACAGGUGGAUUACGUUUAUAUUUGAAAGGACUGGAGGGAUGGAGGUUCAGGGAAUAUUAUCUGACGGGUCAAACUGCGCAGUGAAAGCUCCGUCCAUCGAGAACUUUGUGCUGGUCAAACCCAUCAGUCGAGGAGCUUUUGGGAAGGUUUACCUCGCCAGAAAGAAAUGCAACUCCAAACUCUAUGCAAUCAAGGUGGUGAAGAAAGCAGAUAUGGUGGAUAAAAACAUGACUGAUCAGAUGAGAGCUGAGAGAGAUGCUCUGGCUCUCAGUAAAAGUCCUUUCAUUGUGCACCUGUUUUACUCUCUCCAAACAGCAACCAAAGUCUAUCUGGUGAUGGAGUAUCUGAUCGGAGGAGAUGUAAAGUCACUGCUUCAUAUCUAUGGGUACUUCGAUGAAGACAUGUCCCUAAAAUAUAUCUCAGAGGUGGCACUCGCUCUCGAUUACCUUCACAGACAUGGCAUCAUUCACAGGGACUUAAAACCAGACAACAUGCUAAUUUCAAAUGAAGGUCACAUUAAGCUCACAGACUUUGGGCUCUCCAAGGUUAAACUUGACAGAGAACUAAACCUGAUGGACAUUUUAACCACACCUUCUUUGGUGAAACCUAAGAAAGAUUAUUUCAGAACGCCUGGUCAAGUUCUGUCGCUGAUCAGCUCUCUUGGUCUUAAUACCCCAGUGACAGAGGGCAAGCAUCACUAUAGCACAUUUUUGGGCAGCCCAAUGUCCUGUGGGAAGGUGAAACUGAGGAAGAGAAGGGCAGAUUACCUCAGUUCACCAGUAUGCUCAAGCCGAGAUCUAGGAUCCAACAGUGUGUUUAGUCCUGGUGUGCUGGCUAAGAGUUUGACACCAAGGCUGAUGAAAUCGAGGAAGAGAUUUGAGACACUAAGUGUUGGAAGCCUUUUACCAUCCACUACGGAUUCUGAAGACUGUGUCAGCCCGAUGUGGGAAGAUGAGCAGAAUUUACAAGAUGGUGACAACCUUCCUCAAUUACAUGGAAAGGAACUGGGAAACAGAAAUCAAAGAAACAUUCCUGUAACACAGCUGGAAAAAAGAAUGAUGUGUGCAAAACAUUCUCAGGAUCGCAACACUGUUUUUAAGCUACUCGAUAACCAAUUGGACCUUUGCAGAAAUAUUAAAACAGAUAUUUCUGAAAAGAGACUGCAGUUCAAUGCAGCUGAAAACUGUGCCACUCCAUUGGGUAAGGCUGCUUCUCGUCAGUCAGUAGAGAGCAGUGUUGUGAAACUUGAGCCGCAGGUGGAGCCAAAGUCUUCAGCGAAGCGAGGGUUUGAAGAAGUAGAUAAAAGCCCUGAUCAAGCUGAACUCCAUUCCAAGAAAAACGACGCAGUCUACAAGAGAUGUUUCCAGAUUCCAGAGGCGAAUCCAACAGCCCACACUGGUUUGACUGGAAUUUUUUCCAUUGCUGGGCUUGAUGAUGUCAAAAGUGCACCGAUAUGUCAACAGAGAAUCGUCCCAAAGCAAUCCAGUCCCAUUGCCGUGGCCAAAAAUCUCUUUUGUGAGCUAGAAGAUCCAGGUGAGGAGGUGGCUAAAAGAGUGACCAACUCCAGCUCCCCAACCUCACCUGUUGACAAACAGUAUUUUAGGCGAAGCCUUAGUUUGGACUCUGAUACCUCAGUCCAUGAAAUGUCUGUGGUCACCAACACUCCUCAAAAACCGACAGACUUCAAACAAGAGGCUUUGUUGUCCUCUUUUGAGGAACUUGAUGAAAGCGUUAUUUCUGCAGUGACACCUGCAGGCAAACCCACAAUAGCUACGCCAAAACAAAUCACCACAAAACAGCAGAGAGGUGAAUCUGAACGUCCUCUUCUAGAUCAUCUCCCUGAGUUAUCCAACAGUAUUGUCAAAUCACCAGGGUUCCUCAAACCCAAGAACAUGGUUGUGUUCAGGAGCUACUGCAGCUCGAUAAACCGGUCUUGUAACUCGCAUCUCAGCUUGGCCUCUUUGGAUGCCAUGGAGAUGUCAACUUCAGCUUCUUUCCACAGUGCACCUUCUGCAGUCACACCAGUUCAGAAAAAAAGGCCCAGUCUGAGCAGCUCACUUUAUCAGACUCCCCAGCAGAUGAUUAUGUCAAAUACUCCUUAUAGGACACCAAAAAGUGUCCGCAGAGGUGCAGAACGUGUAGACAGAGCUCCUAUCCUAGGAACUCCCGACUACCUGGCACCAGAACUUCUGUUAGGCAAACCUCAUGAUUUUAUGGUGGAUUGGUGGGCGUUAGGUGUCUGUCUUUUCGAGUUCCUUACAGGAGUACCUCCCUUCAACGAUGACACCCCUCAACUGGUGUUCCAGAACAUUCUCAACAGAGAUAUACCAUGGCCAGAUGGAGAGGAGGAGUUAAACCAGACUGCAAGAAAUGCCAUAGAGAUUCUGCUCACCAUGGAUACAGCCAAACGCGCUGGCUUAAAAGAGCUGAAAGAUCAUCCGUUCUUUAAGGGUGUGGACUGGGAAAACCUUCACAAUCAGCGCAUGCCCUUCAUCCCGCAACCCGACGAUGAGACUGACACAUCAUAUUUUGAGGCGAGAAACACAGCCCAACAUCUCACUGUAUCAGGCUUCAGUCUGUGAAGAAUCAAACUAUUUUAUAUGUUUAAGAUAUAAUUGUGUUGUGUGGAAACUAUAAAGGAAUAGUUCAACCAAACAAGAAAAUUCUAGCAUGAUGUACUCAUCACAAUGUAGCUCCAAACCAGUAUGAUAAAUUAAGAGAGCGAAUAAUUCCAAUUCAAACUCCAACCUGUCAAGUUCUGAAAUGGAUAAAAGCACAAUAAAACCAAAAGUAGUUGAUACGACUCGUAAUGGUUUUAUGAUGUUUUAUUGUCUUUUUAAAAAAAAAAAAUGUUUAAGCUUGAUAGUCCUGAGUCACCAUCCACUUUUCUUAUAUGGCAAAAACAUGUUUGGUAAACUAUUCCUUUAAUAAAUACAGAUGUCAUCACUGCCACAGUGCUCUUGUUUUCCUCUUCUUUCCUUGGUUUUUACUUUCUUUCUUUGGUUAUUAAUGUUGUAUGUUAUGUAGAGAGAGAUUAAUAAUGAAUGUAGGAAAGUUUUCUAAAAUCCAGUGGGAGUUUGACCCAUACGCACAUACGUGCCACAGGACUUGUUUCAAAUCAAGACUUGUUUGCAAAGAAGUAAUAUAUUAUGUAACACUGCUAUCUGUACUUGCUCAUUAGUGAAAAUUUUGAUUUAAGCCACUGCUGUUUUUAUCUCUUUGUUAGUUUAAUUUUAACAUGCAAAAUGUUUUAACAUGUCUACACUAAGCUUUGAACAUGGCUGCUGCUUCAAAAAUGUUUCAAUUCAUACUCAUUUAAUCAUACAUGACAUCUUAACAAAGGUUUGUGUUUUACAAUCAUUUGUUUCAUUGCUUUUUUUCUGUUUGAACAAGGUACAGAUGCAACCUGUAUUUUUGGAACUUUUGGAAGUGUUUAAACGUAAAUAAAAUACAAUUGUUAAGUAUUAUUUCUAUAGCACCACUAGUGUCAUUAAACAGAAUUGCUGAAAUAAUUACUGUUUUCAAACCAGUUUCCUGAACAUUCCCCCCAUCUGCUAUUCGUCAAGUAAAUUGAUAGUUCCUUCCACCCACAAAUUCUUGCAUUGGUUCAGCGUUGCUAUGUUGGGCUUCUCAAAUAAAGUGAGCAAUGUUUUGAUGGCACCACAGUAUUACUAAGUAAGGGAUAAUGUACAGUCUGCCAGUUGUUAUCGCAAAAUACAUCCCGACAGGGUGAUCAGCGAAGCGGAGGACUCUUGUAUCACCCUGAAGGGGUUUGUUUUGCGAUAACCGGCUGACUGCACAUCAUCCGCUUAUUACAUGGCUACUAACCAAAUAAAUAAAUACAUGGACAUAAAAUAUUGAUUUGCAUUAAAAUUAUGUAAUUAUGUGAAAAGAAAGAAGGCGCUGAACAGUUGAAAUCAACUUCCGGUUUGCGACAGUUCUGUUGGUGUUUGUUUUGUAAAUAAUGGCCAUCUGACUCCUCAAUAUUCAGCCUGUUACAAGACUACUUGCCAAAUAAACAAAUAGAUGGACAUGAAACAUUGAUUUGAGUUGAAAUUAUGUGAGAAGUAUUAAAUCACUGAACAGCUGAAAUACACCUCAGGUUUGCGUUUGAGUUUUGUUGGUGUUUAAUUUUAUUUAAUGACUGUUUGACUGCUCAUUGUGUAUUUUAUUACAAGACUACUUGCUGAAUAAAUAAAUAAAUGCACAUGAAGCAUUGAUUUGAGUUUAAAUUACUUUAUUAGCUUACUUGUAGAGAUUGCGAGAAGCAGGAAAGAUGACUCGCAAAUACCCGGAUAAGUGGUCUGAUACGUGGAGUUACGGUUGUUACUGAGAAAUAUCAGACCACUUGAUGGCGCCAUUGACCAAUCAGAAUAGAGUAUUCCAAAAAGCUGUGCAGUAAUGGCUUAUAGUUGUCUCUGCAUAUUAACUUGGGAUAGAAGAAAAUAUCACACAUCGUGCCUUUAUGAAACAUGAGCACAACAAAUUGUGUAAAUUGUUCGUAAAAUAAUUUUGUAUGUAAAUUGUUGCAUUCAAUUCAAUGGGACAAUUUUGUACAAAUGAUUUUUAUGCACGAUUUACACGGAAAAUCUUUCUGCUUACGUUACAUGUUAAAGCCCACUACCUUUCAAAUAGAAUCAAGUAUAGCUGAAUUGCAAAAAAACAAACAAACAAAAAAGUGACAAUCAAGCAGAUGGGAAAAGAAAAUGACCACAAUUGCCAAAUUUGGCAAUACUGCAUGUUGUGAAAUUAUCUAGAUUUCACUGUCACUAUAGACCAUGCCUGAAAGGUUCAUUGUAUCAUAUUUCCCCAAGCAGUUGUUAAAAUAUGACUUGAAUUAUUUGUUAUUGAUAUGCCAAAUUUUUUGAAAAUAGGACAGAUUUUAAAAAGUUGGGAUAAUUUCAGAAAAUUAGAAUUCAGAAAACGCUCCAGGAACAAAAUGGGGAAUAUUUUGCAUUUUCUAUCUACCUGGUGGCCAGAUUUCACAGAAUUUGUACAAGGCCUAUUUUAUGUACUGGUUAAUCCUGAAUAACAUGAUAAUACCCAAAUAUUUCAUUGGAAAUUCAUGUACCAGAUGUUUUUUUAUUAUUCUUAUAUAUAUAUAUAUAUAUAUAAAAUGUGCAUAAUUGUGGCAAUGGCCUAAAACAAGUUUGAAAAAGUUAGACUUUUCAGAUAAUAAAAAAUUGCUGAAACAUUUCCUUGGGAAAACUGACUUUUUGAAAAAAAAUAAUAUUAUUAUUAUCAUCUACUCUUAUGCCGUUUGACAUCUCUGUGUUUUACGGCCUCUGAUUAAUAAUCAUAUAUAGGUGAUGUUGCAUGAAAUAUUUAGAGAGAUGGGGAUAUAAACAGUCCAGAUUUUCAAAAGCUUUUAAUAAUGCUUCAGUCUAAAAUAUUGGAUGUCAUGUCUUGUGACAUUACUGAAACAUGCACUGAUCCUCUAACCUGAAGGCAAAUUUAAGCAAAAGCUGUAAUGGUGUUUUAAUAGAAAGAUUACACUGUUUAGAACAAAAGCCUUUCAAUCAAACAUCCUGUUCUGCAGAUGAUUCAAAAGUAGUAUUAUAGACAUCAAUUAAAUAUAUGUUAAAUGCUACAUUACAGUAUUGUACAAUUAAAAUAUAAAACUUUGCAGUUCAUGAAUACAUUUUCUCAUACACUUUUUUUCUAAUAUACACAAAAUUCUUAAAGGAAUUAUUAACAUUAUUGACUGAUAUACAACUACAACGAAACAAAACAUUUGUGCUUUUCAGUUAAAAAAAAAAAAAAAAAACAGCCAAAGGUAAAUGAUUCAUUAGAUUUCAGCCUUAUGUUAGUUUUAGGGCUCUAAACCAUAUUAAACACCUUUCACUUCCUUCAAAUUCAUACAAAGUGCAUCGCAAUUCAACCCUUUAAGAGACCUUCUGGAUCUAAUGCAAUGAAAUUCAUGUAUUAAGUGUGGCUUAUGUCUCCAAAUACUUGUUGGGGCCAUUGAAAUGGUCUACCUUUAUCAGAUAUUUAAUUGCAUACAUGAUAGGAUAUAUUGAGGAAACAAAGAACAUAGUUUGAUAUACUGUAUUUCCUUGUGACAUGCUGUACAUUUGAAAGGCCAAGGGGUUAAUGACAUAUGCAAGAUUUUUGAUUAUGGCUUUAAUCAGCAACAUAACUCACCUGGGAAAAUACCAAGUCUAGAUAUCAACAUGUACAGUCAAAUGUUCCGCUUUUGUUAUACCUCCAACAAGUCCUGAAUUAUAACCCUUAAGGUUUAAAACCCAUGUGGGCCAUUUUCUGCAAAAGAAAUACUCAACAGAAAUGAACUGUACUUAUCAGUGCAUCCUACACUUUGCUACAGUAUUAACAAUUAGCAGCUAUGUGUGGGUAAUUUUGAAUGUUAUAAAUGUGACCUGAUGUAAUAAUGUCCUUUGGAUUUCUUUGAAUGACAUUUUCAUAACUUUUAUGAAAAUGUAAGAUCAUUGUGCUACUUCUGAUUACCCAAAUCAAGGAUUAUCACUUGCAAUUUUUCUUUUUUUUUUGUAAGUGAUAAGCUGCAAUGGCAUACAUUCA